AUGAAGCGAGUGAGGACUGUGGAGCCAUCAUAUCCGAAGGUAUGGAACUACGCACCGAGCAUGCCAUUCGAGCGCCAACACAGACAAGACGAACACUGGAGCAGGACGAUGGACAAAGGCGGAUACGUCCCUCGUGAACCGGCCUUCGACGGCUUAAUCGACAAUACGAUCGCAUGCUUUCAAGCAAACGCAGAUCUAUCACCAAUGCGUCGGCCAUGUAAGUACGAGCCGGUCCUUAGCCCCAUUCACAUUUCAAAAGACAUGGAGUCGCUUCAAUAUGCCGGCGUAGACAACAUUCCCCGCCACGAUUCUUGUGGGACUCCGCUGUUGACUACAUCAUACAACACGUUUGAAGAUUUGUCGACAUCGGCUGUGUCACAGCAAUCGUCUCAGCAGUCGCCGGAGAGAGAAUCAUUCAACAAGGUUGGUGCGGAAAUCGACGAAAUUCUUUCACCCAUCUCUGACUGCACCAUGAAACCACACCUUUCGGCUGGGAGCGGGAUCCAGAACAUCGGUGGCCUGCUACCUGUUCCGACAUGUGCGGGGACGGAAAUUUGCACCCGACGAGAGGGUAUCCUACAUCCCUCUUUCGCUACCGGGAAAGGAAGGGCCAUGCAAGAAAUUUUACAGGCUAUGGCAACACCCUCGCCAACUGCGUCGCCGCAUCCAUCACCGAAUGCGUCGCCGAGUGUAUCUUCAAGCGGAAGGCGGUCGGCUUCAUCGUCCUCAACUCAGUGCCAUUUGUGUGGAAAGACGUAUACAGAAUCGAGCAAUUUGUCCAAGCAUAUUCGGACCGUGCACCUGAAGUUGCGUCCUUUCCGAUGCGAUAGAUGCACGUCGAGUUUCGCGGAGAAGAACAAGCUCCGCAAGCACAUUCAGUCGGUGCAUGAACACGCUCGCCCUUACAAAUGUGAAUUGUGUGAUGCGACGUUCUCACAAGCGAGCGACCGAAAGAGACAUCGGCUGGUAUUGCACGAAGGGAGAAGGCCGUUUGCUUGUGAAACGUGUGGUAAAGCGUUCGGGAGACGAAGUAGCCUAACACAACAUUAUCAUCGGGUACACAAGCGAGUGAAACCGCAGGUGGUGGGGCACUUGUCGGCCACUUCAAGAAGGACAUGAUUCGAGCUCUGAUGUGACAGAGUUGCCCUUGAUAGCAAAACUAGCAGGCUUUUGCUGUUCCUCCUGGUGAUGGAGCUGGAUUUUCUAGUCGUGGCUUUUGUGCGCAUGUGCAGUGCAUAUGAGUGAACGGAAGUUGUAGACUGCAUGUGUGUGUGCUCAUCAGCGAGGUGCGCUACUUCAAUAGUUUUCGAUAUUGACCCUGCCUAGUCGACUACAUAAAAAAACGAGACGGCGACGGAUCACUAAGUCCGUUGUAGCACUCCCUGUCGGGCAAA